UGCUGAUUCUUGAGGAGGAGAAACCAUCGUUUAUCUAAUGAACUGAAGUCCUCUACUCUUGAAAAUCAGAACCUUUCUGACAAAGCAAAAAAUCUGGAAGAAGACCUCAGUGAAGUGAAAACACAGUUGCAGAUGGAUAAAGGUAAAAUUUUUGAAAUGGCCAAGAUCUUGGAGCAUCUAGAGAUGGAUAAAAGGGACAAGGAUGAACAGUUCCUUGAACUUGAAAUGGAACUGAAACGAACAAAGUCAAAUAAAGCUAAUUUAGAAAAUCAUAUCCUGGAAGUGGAAGUUGACCUGGACAAACUUCAGACCAAGAAGCAAACUUUGGAAAAGGAACUUGAAUCGGCUCAACAAGCUAUUAAUGUGCAGACAGAAAAGCUGACUGAGCUUGAAGCAAAAAGUAACAAGUUUACUCAGGAUCUUCACGCGUUAGCUGAAACAAAUGAUAAACUAGAGCAAACCAAUAAAAGUUUGAAGACCAAGGUGCAGGAAUUUGAAGCAGAGAAAAUCUACAGUGCUAACAUGAAUGGGUUGCUUGAAGGUGAAAUAAGGAAACUCACCAACCAGCUACAAACUGUUGCAGAACAUAUGGAGCAGGCUUCAAAGGAAAAGGAAGACUUGAUCCAACAACUCCAAUAUUUGGAAAAUAAUGCUAAGUUGGAUACAGAAAGAAAGGAGGAAUUCCAAAAGCAAUUGAAUCAGUUGAAGGAAGAAAACAUAUCCAUGUGUGAGCAGACUGAGGAUUUGCAAAACAAGAUUAGUGUAAUAGAACUUGAAAAAUCAAAACUACUCCAGUCUUUGGAAUCCUCUUUGCUGGAAAAAGGUGAAGUUGCAGCAAGGCUGAACUCCACCAAGACAGAGGUAGCGGAAAUGCGGCAUGCUAUUGAGAAGCUUAAAGUACGCAUUGAGGCAGAUCAGAAGAAAAGCCAGGACAUGGCUGCAAAACUCAAAGCAAGUGAUCGAAAAGCAGACUCUCUUCAAGAUAAGAUUGAGGCUCUUGAAAGGGAGCUUCAGGCCUCGGAGGAAAAUACAGAGGACUUAGUAAUGCAAGCUGAAACUGCAAAGGAACAGGUUGAAGUAUUGGAGGAAGAGAAAAAAACUAUUACUGAGAAACUGGAGUUAUUGGUUGUAAAGCUCAAUACCUUGUCCUCUGAGAAACAAGAUCUAGAAAAGCAACUACGACAAAAUCAAGAGAAGUUAGAAGAUAAUUGUUCAAAUUUGUUAAGAAACUCAGAAGCAGCCGAAAACGAAAGACUCAAAAUGGCAGAAGCUUAUGAGGGUUCUAUUAAUGAACUACAGACUCAAAUUAGCAAUUUAAAUGAAAAGAUGAAAAAUUGCCAAGAGGAAUUGGAAGUACUUAGAGAAAAUGAGAAAAAUUACCUCAGUCAAAAUUCAUGUUUGGAAUGUGAAAAGAUCCAACUAUCCAAUCAACUUCAGGAAGCUGCUGGCUUAAGUGUGGGUCUUCAGUCGGCAAAUGCAGUGCUAAAUAAAGAUCUUCAAGCUGUUCAGCAGAAGUUAGAUGAGCACCUAGAAGAGAAGGAGAAGCUUCAGCAACAAAUCAUGGAUCUGGAGACAUUGAAGCAAAAGAACUCAACAGAUUUGUGUAAUUUACAGACUGAGAUGGAAAACUUGAAGAAAGAAAACCAGAACCUGCAGAGGGCAGCAGCUGAAUUUCAGCAGGCUGCACAUGAUCUGUCAGUUAAGCAUAACGCAAUGCUAAUCACUAAGGAAACUUCUGAGAAGCAACUAAAGAAAGAAUUACAGGUUGCUCAGUUAAAGGCUUCUGCACUUCUUGAUCAGGUAAAUGAACUGACUGAGAAUAACAAUAAACUGCAGAGUGAUUUGUCCUUCGCCAAUGAAAAGAUUCUGAAAAUACAAGAAGACUUUGAUAUGGAAAAGAAUUUAAUUUCCGCACAACUUGAAGAGUUCAGAAGUCAGACAGAAAGCUUUAAGUUGCAGCUAGAAUUCUCUCAAUCAGAAAAAUACAAGUUGGAAAAAGGACCUUGGAUACUUCCAGAAUGAAUUGCAAGUCACUGAUACUUUGAAAAAAACAAGUAGAAGAUUAUAAACAGAGCAUAAGUUGUAUCCAAAGAGAUCACCAAGCUGUGCUUAAAGAUGUACGGGAGAAGCACGAAGCCGAGUUGCAGACGUACCAAGAGAAAAUAGUUGGAAUGAAACAACAGCUUACUGCAAAAGAGGUAGAAAUCGACAAUCUAAAGAGUGCUAAAGAAGCAGCAAAUACUGCCAUAAAAGAUGACAACUGCAAGGUGGAGGAAUUGCAAAAAUCAGUUGCCAAGCUGAAAAGAGACAAGGAUUGUGCUCAGAGUAAACUGCUGCUCUGGAUGAAAAGCUGUAAACAGCUGGAGCAUGAGAAGGAAUCACUGAAGAAACACAUUCAACACAAGAAGAACUGCUCACAAAGCUCCAGAAUAGC